AUGUGGAGAUCCGUUUUCUGUAGAUCGCAAAAUGCGUCUCGCAAUCUCGCCAGUCGAAUCACGAAGAGGAAGACUCAGUCUCCAUCGCUAACCUCACUUUCCAGAUUCUCCUUCCUCGAGUCGUCGUCUGGAAAUGCUUCUGCGCGAAACCUCAGGUUCUUCUCAACGAACCCUACUGAUGAAAACUCAAUCUCGUCAUCCGCAGAGCUUACCCAUGAAGAAUCGAGUGUUUCCGAUCUGGGGUUUCCUGAAAGUAGCGAUUUUGGUGCUUCCGAAGAAGCCAUUGUUGGUGUUGGUGACGAUGGAGAUUCAGAGAUUGUUACAAUCGAAGCUUCUGGUGAUGGAUCUGUUGAAGAAGUCGUGGAUUCUCAAGCUGUUGAAGUGUACCAAUUUGACGACGAGAAGUUAGAAUCUGUACUCUCUUUGUUACGGAGUGAUGAAGAAUCCUUGGAGUUUGGUUUGAAGUCACUCAAUGUCGAUUUACACUUAGAUCUUGUGGUAAGAGUGUUUGAGUCCCCAGGAAUUUCAGGUAAGAAUCUGAUUAGGUUUUUGAAGUGGGCAACUAAGAAAGAAGAGAUUACUGUUACUGCAUCACUUGUAGAAUCUCUUGUUGUAGCCAUUUCUGGUGAUACACGUAGAUUGGAUGCUUAUGCUUUGUGGGAUUUGGUUAAGGAGAUUGGUGAGAAGGAUAGUUAUGUUUUGAAUUUGGAGAUACUGAACGAAUUGAUAGCUUUGUUUGGGAAGCUUGGUAAAUCCAAAGCUGCUUUUGAUGUGUUUAGUAAAACCGAAGAGUUUGGAUUUACUCCGAAUGCGAAAACUUAUUAUCUGACAUUGGAGGCGCUUUGUAAGAGGUCGUUUAUGGAAUGGGCAUGCUCUGUGUGUGAGAAAAUGCUUAAGAGUGGUGUGUUACCAGAGGGAGACCAGAUUGGUAACAUUAUAACUUGGUUUUGUAAAGAAGGCAAGGCUGAAGAGGCUUAUUCGGUUUAUGAUUUGGCAAAGACGAAAGAGAAAUUCCCGCCUCCUAGAUCCGUUGCUACUCUGAUAAGUGCGUUGUGCGAGAAUGACGUGACUGUAGCGUUUACUCAGGAGAUAUUGGGUGAUUUAUCUGGAGAAGCUAGGCGACAUGGGAUCAAACCGUUUUCUGAUGUUGUCCAUAGUUUAUGCAGGAUGAGAAAUGUUAAAGAAGCUAAAGCUUUGCUUUUGGAUAUGAUUUCUAAAGGGCCUGCUCCUGGGAAUGCGGUUUUCAAUCUGAUUGUCCAUGCUUGUUCGAAAACUGGAGAUCUGGAUGAAGCAAAAGAGGUUUUAAAGUUGAUGGAGAGUAGAGGAUUGAAACCAGACGUGUACACAUACACCGUCAUCAUUAGCGGUUAUGCUAAAGGAGGGUUGAUGAACGAAGCUCAAGAGAUACUAGCAGAAGCGAAACAGAAACAUAAGAAGCUUAGUCCUGUCACAUAUCACGCACUCAUCCGAGGCUACUGCAAGAUUGAAGAAUAUGACAAAGCACUGAAACUUUUGAAUGAAAUGGAACAUUUUGGCGUCCAACCGAAUGCUGAUGAGUACAACAAGCUGAUACAGUCGUUCUGCCUCAAAGCAUUGGAUUGGGAAAAAGCUGAGAUGUUGUUUGAGGAGAUGAAGCAGAAGGGAUUGCACCUUAACGCGAUUACGCAGGGACUUAUUCGGGCAGUCAAAGAGAUGGAAUGUGAAGCCAAGGUAACCGAAGAUGGUCAUUUACUUGCUACAGCAUAG